CCCUGUCCCGCCGCCGACCAGCUCGCCCGGAUCGCUGCCCCCGCGGAGCCCGGAGGUCACCGGCCCGCGCCUCCGCUCCCUCUGGGCCGCGCAGCGCCUCCACGCCUUCCUCCUCCUCCUGCUCCCCGGGCCGGGCGCCUGGCACCGGGGACCGUUGCCUGACGCGCGAGGCCCAGAUCCACUUUUCGCCCCGCGUCUCCUCCUCCUGUUCUCCUUCUCCAACUCCUCCAACUCCCUCGCCCUCUUGACUCCGCUCUCGAGCCCCCGUCUCCGAGCCCGCCCGCCCGCCACUUUCCGUCCGGUCCCAAAGGUGGGAGCGCGUCCGCCCCGGCCCGCACCAUGGCACGGUUCGGCUUGCCCGCGCUGUUCUGCACCCUGGCCGCGCUCUGCGCCGCGCUGCUGGCUGCUGAGCCCAAGUCGAAAAGUUGCUCGGAAGUGCGACGUCUCUACGUGUCCAAAGGCUUCGACAAGAACGAUGCCCCCAUGCACGAGAUCAACGGUGAUCAUUUGAAAAUCUGUCUCCAGGGUUAUACCUGCUGCUCUCAAGAGAUGGAGGAGAAGUACAGCCUACAAAGUAAGGAGGAUUUCAAAAGUGUGGUCAGCGAACAGUGCAAUCAUUUACAAGCUGUAUUUGCCUCCCGCUACAAGAAGUUUGAUGAAUUCUUCAAAGAACUACUUGAAAAUGCGGAAAAGUCCCUGAAUGACAUGUUUGUGAAGACAUACGGCCACUUGUACAUGCAGAAUUCUGAGCUAUUUAAAGAUCUCUUCGAAGAAUUGAAGCGCUACUAUGUGGCAGGGAACGUGAACCUGGAAGAAAUGCUGAAUGACUUCUGGGCCCGCCUCCUGGAGCGCAUGUUUCGCCUGGUGAACUCCCAGUACCACUUCACAGACGAAUAUCUGGAGUGCGUGAGCAAGUACACAGAGCAGCUGAAGCCCUUUGGAGAUGUCCCUCGGAAACUGAAGCUCCAGGUCACUCGUGCAUUUGUGGCAGCCCGCACUUUUGCUCAGGGCUUAGCAGUUGCAAGAGAUGUAGUGAGCAAAGUCUCAGUGGUGAAUCCCACCGCCCAGUGUACCCACGCCCUGGUGAAGAUGAUGUACUGCUCCCACUGCCAAGGUCUCGUGACUGUGAAACCCUGUUACAACUAUUGCUCCAACAUCAUGAGAGGCUGUUUGGCCAACCAAGGGGAUCUUGAUCUCGAGUGGAACAAUUUCAUAGAUGCUAUGCUGAUGGUGGCCGAGAGGCUGGAGGGCCCUUUCAACAUUGAGUCGGUCAUGGAUCCCAUCGACGUGAAGAUUUCAGAUGCUAUUAUGAACAUGCAGGAGAACAGUGUGCAGGUAUCUCAGAAGGUUUUCCAGGGAUGCGGACCCCCCAAGCCCCUCCCAGCCGGUCGGAUAUCCCGUUCCAUCUCAGAAGGCACCUUCAGUGCCCGCUUCAGGCCCUUCCAUCCCGAGGAGCGCCCCACCACAGCAGCUGGCACCAGUUUGGACCGAUUGGUUACUGAUGUCAAGGAGAAAUUGAAGCAGGCCAAGAAGUUCUGGUCCUCUCUUCCUAGCAAUGUCUGCAACGAUGAGAGGAUGGCUGCAGGGAAUGGCAAUGAGGAUGACUGCUGGAAUGGAAAAGGCAAAAGCAGGUACUUGUUUGCUGUGACAGGAAAUGGUCUAGCCAACCAGGGCAAUAAUCCAGAGGUCCAGGUUGACACCAGCAAACCGGACAUACUGAUCCUUCGUCAAGUCAUGGCUCUUCGAGUUAUGACCAGUAAGAUGAAGAAUGCUUACAAUGGGAAUGAUGUGGACUUCUUUGAUAUCAGUGACGAAAGCAGUGGAGAAGGAAGUGGUAGUGGAUGUGAGUCUCAGCAGUGUCCUUCGGAGUUUGAAUAUAAUGCAACUGACCACUCUGGGAAGAGUGCCAAUGAUAAAGCCAGCAGCGCUGGGGUCCCCGCUGGGGCCUGGCCCUACCUCCUCACUGCCUUCUGCAUCUUAUCCCUGGUUAUGCAGAGAGAGUGGAGAUAAUUCUCAACCUUAGAGAACAAGUGUUCAUCGUCAGUUACAAAGGCACUGGUUAUCACUUUUAUACCAUCCUAGUGACUUUGCUUUUUAAAUGAAUGGACAACAAUGUACAGUUUUUACUAUGUGGCCACUGGUUUAAAAGAUGCUGACUUUGUUUUUUCAUUCAGUUUUGUGGGAGAAGGGGACUUGUACGUAAGGUCAGUCUGGCCUCCUCAGAAUCAUGUUAAAUGUGGCUAACAGUGUAGGUACAGAACUGUAGUUAGUUGUGCAUUUGUGAUUUUUAUCACUCUGUUUGUUUUCUUUCUGUUUGUGGGUUUUUUUUUUUCCUUUCAAUAUGAUCUCACCUUGUUUCUUACAAGAAAACCAGGGUCCUUUCUUGGCAUGUAACAUGUACGUAUUUCUGAAAUAUUAAAUAGCUGUACAGAAGCAGGUUUUAUUUAUCACGUUAUCUUAUUAAAAGAAAAAGCCCAACAAGCAGUAAAAUUGCCAUCUAUCCCUGUUGUUUUAGUUGCCUUAUCUGGAGAGAAGAGGAGGCGUUGUAUUUUUUUUUUUUUCUGCAAUGUGAAGGCACAAGAGGGCUUCUAAGCCACUUGUCAGGUUGUGUUCAGGCAUCAAUUCAAGAAGAAGGUUAUACUUCAUUUAUAGCUGGUGACUGGAAGAGGCUGCAGACUACCCAUUUUGGUUGAGUUGGGUUGUAUAAACUUCAAUCACAGAUCAGUCCAUUUCUGGAAGCCGCUUAUCCAUCUAGAAGAUUCUUGAUCUCCCUUGAAAGAUAUAAGGCAUUCAGGGUAUCCCAGGGUAUCACACUUAAUUUGAGGGUGGGUUUGGUUUGGUGUUUUGUUUUUUUUUUUUCUUAAUAGAGGCAAGUUAGCAAGCCACUGUGCUGGUCUUUGUGUCCACACUUGACCCACUUUGACAAGAUCAGGUGUGUUGAGGGUGGUAUGGCCAUAGACCACCCUCUUUGAACUGAUAUCCCACCAGCAGAAGUAAGUGUCUAGCAAUCUCACUAGGUCCCUCUUGUUCCAGAUUCCAAACCUAAUCAUAGCCGUCUGGGGGGCUAGCCAGAAUUGGGGUAUACAGCCUGGGUUCAGGCAGUAAGUAUCAAUACUCAAGCAAAGUUUUUGUCCGUGCAUGUGUAAUUUGCAUUUAUUUGGUUUUGGAUCCCAGUGUUUUGUUUUGUUUUUUAAAAAAGAUUCUAAGGUGUCUUAUUGAGUCUUUUUCUUGCCCAGCCCUGCCCCAUAUGAAAGCCAAAGGUCUUGCCAUGGAUCACAGCUGUGUGCUACCCUAUCAGCCAAGCACCCCAGUUGGGGAGCUCUGAGUGUCCAGAUUUUUCUUCUCAUGUUGUUGGGCGUUUGGGGGGGCAGGGAGGAAUGGGAGUAGGUAAAACUGAGAAGAACACAUCUUCGGGGCGCCCUUUAACCACGCAGGUGAACUGACAAAGGCCAUUGACUCUUGUCCCAAACCAAAGAGUAACCACUGCCUUGGCCCCUUUGGGGCUGUUUCCUUGUGUCUUUACCAAAUGACAGCUCAUAAAACUGUGAGAAUGUAACAAAUCACAUUAAAAGGAGUUCCAGAAGUCUUCAGAAAGAAUCAAACUCUGCAAAGGCUCUUCUUGCUUUAGACAGCCAUUCAGAUCCCAACCAAUUCCCCAAAAGCUGAAACCCACAGAGAGGUUGUUUGUGUUAUUGUUCAAUCUUCAGUUAUAAGAGUAAUUCUCUAUUUUUAUAUUGAAACGUAAUUACUUGAUAGCUCAGGGUCUACAUUUCAUUCAGCUUUUUACACCAAAUUCUGCAGAAUGGACAAAAUGGAAUAUUGGGGCUGUUAUAAACAGAGGCUUAAUUUUAUUAGAAGUAGCCAGUUAUUUAUUAAAGCAUGAUGUUAAUAAAAUAGGCAUAUUCUGGCUCAUGUGUAUAAGUUUUGUUUCUUUUAAACAAAUCACAGAAGACGUAAAAUUGAGAAGGCGCUCCAUUUAUGUAUGAGGAAAAAUUGAUUGUAAAUAGCUAAGCUGCCUUGUGAGAACUUGGAAAAUGUGCUGAUACUUAGUAACUACCUCAGUUGUGAGGAAUUUCCUUUUUAGCUUAGACUGCUAUUACUUUUACUUGGUAGAAAUCAAUCUGGUCUCCAAAAUGUGGCUCAGAGAGUUAUCCCCAUAGACCUUGUUAGAUUGUUUUUAAUUUAAAACCUUGAACUCUGCCCAGCUGUUUUCUUUCAGUCAAGUUCUCUAAACCAAUAACAUUUUCCGAAUUAAAUAUUCUUGAAGGUU